AUGAUGCCCACUGCUUUUCUGUGCCUAUUACUGUUAAAUUUGCUGGUCUCAAUGGUCAACUCACUGUCCCAGCAGCCUUUUUCAGCCCAAAGUGAAAGCCAGCAGAAGAGCUCCUUAUCCCUGGAUCACACCAGCUGGUCUUUAGGGCUGAGGCUGUAUUCAGCCCUCCGCAGUAACGGCACUAACAUCAACACCCUCAUCUCUCCAGUGCUGCUCGCCAGUUCUCUGAGAGCUUUGAGCCACACAGCCAAAGAAACUACAGCGGGGCAGCUCCACGAUCUUCUAAAGAUGGGAAAAGAAGAAAAGAAAGCAGAGGAAGCUUUGUUUAGCACAUUGAAAUCCAUGAGCAAAGCAAAUGGAACCAGCUACACAUUGCAUGCUUCCUCAGCUCUUUUCUCCAAGCAGGUUUCCACACUGGAGAAGACCUUCUUGAAGAAGUUGAAAGCUCAGUUUGGGUUGGACCAUGUGGCUUUAGGUGCAGGGGAUAAACAGGUAGAUAUGGAGACACUCCACUCCUGGGCUAAAAAAGAAAUGGGAGGUGUGGAGACUCUGAAGCUGACUGAGAAACCAGCCACUAAAGAAGGAGCUUUAAUACUGGCUAAUGCAUUGCACUUUAAAGGGUUUUGGAAUCAUGACUUUGACAAAGACAAUGAAGAUCUGCGAAAUUUUCUGGGGACCAAGUACACCAAAGUACAGAUGAUGCACCAAGCAGGUGUAUAUCGGCACUAUGAGGACAUAGAGAAUAUGGUGCAGGUGUUGGAACUGGGACUGUGGGGUGGAAAGGCUAGCAUGGUGCUUCUGUUGCCCUUCCAUGUGGAGAAUCUCACCAGGCUGGAGCGUCUGCUGACCCUGGAGCGGCUGGAGAAGUGGCUGGGAAAGCUAAGCAGCAUGAACAUAACACUGUCAUUACCACGAGUCAACAUCAGCAGCGCACUCAGCCUACAGAAACAGUUAGCCGCACUGGGCGUGGUAGAUGCCUGGGACCAGAAGGUGGCUGAUUUCUCUGGACUGGGGAAGGGAAAUCUUCAUCUGGGGGAUGUUCUACAUUGGGCAUCGUUGGAGCUGGCCUCUGAAUCAGGCAGUAAGGACGGGACAGAUGAGAAGGAGCAUGUGAAGAACCCGAAACUGUUCUACGCAGAUCAUUCUUUCAUCAUCCUGGUGAAGGAUAACAGCACUGGAGCUCUGCUGCUGCUGGGUGCAUUGGAUCUGGCAGAGGGGAAGGCGAUGCAUGAUGAGCUGUAGCGUUAGCAUGGCAGGCACAUUGACACUGUUAUGAGCUAGAAACUCACAUUCAGUGUUCACUGAUUCAUUAAAGUGGCCGGAGUCCAGGGACCAUAGUGACACUCAUCUGAGCCUCUUGUUCAGUAGAAGUGUAAUGCUUGAAUAAAUGUGGAUUGUAGUAAAUGUGAUAAUUGUAUGUGCUGUAUUAGAAAACAUGUAGGUGCUAGACUUGAUACUUACCCUUUGGAAUCUUUCUUAAUGAUAUUGUUUUAAAAAUAGAGAACACUUUGUUAAUGAUUGGCAAAAACUGUUGUAAUUCCGACACUCAUCUGACCCCAUU